UAAUUCUCAACGGCUCAGUUCUUAUAAUAAGAGGCCGACGGUCAAUUCUUGGCCCCUGGCGCGCAUAUGAUCGGCGAGAGAAGCCAAAAUGGCGGAUUCUGCAGAAUCCGAUUCUCAAAUCACCGAUUCAUUAUUUGUUUGGGACGAAAGCUCUAAGCUUUACUUCCAUGCCAGUAGUGGAUUUUACCACGACCCAAACGCUGGUUGGCACUACAGUACUCAAGAUGGUCUUUACUACAAAUUUGAGGAUGGGAACUAUGUGGUUCUUCAUUCUGAUACGGAUACGCAGGGUGAUCAAACUGAUAUGGCUCAAAAUGAAGUAGCUGUUCAUGAAAAUUCAGUUCAAGAUGAAUACGAACCAUGUCCAAAACAUAAAUGUUAUGAUGAUCAAAUUGAGAAUGGCUCAUUCUUACAUGGGAAUGAUUCUGAGGCUACUUUAUCAAAUCCUGGGAACACAGAUUGUAGAAGCAGUGAUUCACCUGAAAAUCCACCUCUUCCAUCAGAAUGGUUAGAAGAGACACUCAUCAAUCUUUACUUGUCGGGCUAUUCAAACCAAGCAGUGAAUGCUGGUGAUGAUGAUGUGAAAUUGGCAACGGAAGACACUGAUAUCAUUGAAUUUCAAGCUGAUGUAAAUGCUGAUGAUUAUGAGCUAGAAGAGGGCGAGUGGAUUCCUGAAGACGACUUUGAUGUAACUCAAUUAAGUGAAAACAUAUCAAAUGAAGGUGCUUCAUGGGAUGAAGAGAAUUGGAGAGCUCAGUAUGGUCAAGUCAUUCCAUCUUCAGAAGAGACUAUUCCAGAGGUCCCUGCCGUUGAUUUAUGGGACUGGUCUAUGGUUAAGGGGUCCAGAAAAGAUGGUAAAGGUGAAAUUUCGAGGCUUGUUGGGAGACUGAUGAAGAGGUCUGCAAAGCUCCAUCCCUCUGUGCCUACUGGUGGUGGUCUUCUGAAGACUGCUCCAAUAUGUGAAGUGCAUCUUGAUCUGGUACGAGUAAAAACAGGACAAAUAUAUAAGUUACGGAAUCCUAAUGCAAAAUUCUUAGGUUCCCUGUCAACUUUUGAUUCUUCUAACCCGACUAAAGACUGGGGAUUUCCUGAACUGUCAUUUCAAGAGCAACCCCUCCCUUACUCUAAAUCCAGGGAGAAAAUUGAAUCAAAAAGUGCCGAUGGUGUCUUAGUUUGCAAUGAUUUCCCUCCAUUGCAAGAUCAGCUUCCUUUAUUGGAAAAGAAUAGAAGCUGUGCAUAUAGGGACAGAGCUGCUGAGAGAAGAGCCUUGCAUGGUGGAUUUGGUGUGGGCCCAGGACAAAAGAAUUCAAUGGUUGGUGAUAUGCCAUCCUCACCUGUUUUGGAGUCAACGGAGGAAGCUGCAGCCGAGGCAUUAAACAUGUCAUUCGGAGCUGGAAGUUAUGCCAGAAAAAUUCUAGAAAACAUGGGUUGGAAAGAGGGGGAGACACUAGGGAAAACUAUGAAAGGCUUAGUUGAACCAAUUCAAGCAGAAGGAAAUAUUGGAAGCGCUGGAUUGGGGUAUCCCAAGGGAAGAAGAACAACAAAACAUUGAUACUAUCAACUAACGUACCCACCACCACACGUUGACAAUUUUUUUUCAUUCUCGUAAUACUUCUGUUAGCUAGAGGGUGUUAUGCUAAAAUUUUUUGGGGAAGAAAAAAUAAGGUAGUGCUGUUGAAAAGAAGUAAAAAAAAGAGCAUAAUUCACCGAACCGUUGUAUUUAUUAUUUUGUCAAUAAUGGAUCGACCAUUGUAGCAGCAAAAUAA